AUAGUAUGUGCGUGCGUGUGUGCGUGCGUCUGAGAACGGAUAUGGGUGAGUGUUUUUGCUCACAGAAAACUGUGUGUGAGACUAAAAACAGAUGGCAGUGUUUUACUAGCUGUAUCGUGUGUACAGUUCGUCAACAGGCUGACCAAACAGACAGCGAAGGGUUUGCUGUGACAUUCCACCGCACGGUGGGAGCGGAUCACGGAGGCACCGCCAGUUGGCCACCGACUCAGAUAACGAUAUAAGGCAAAACGAUGGAAAUGGAAAUCGCUCCCGCUCAAAUUAGGACAACCGUCAGUUGGCAAAUGGCUACCCCGUGACAAAUGAGUUGAACUGAUCUAUUUAGACUCGAAUUAAACGACCAGAACAAUCAGCUCGGUUAGACACGGGCUUACAAAGUCGGCCUCGUGGAUGUUAUCUAUACUGUAGGCCUGUUGUGUACAUUGCCCCGGGCGUCGUCUUUUCUCUGAGUUAAUAGUUAAUAGUAGUCUAGAGAAAUGGUUGAGUUUUCAACCAGGCGUCAGUGAAAGUAGGCUAUAUCCUAACAAAACAUUAACAGUCACAAGCCCCCAGUUGUUUCAACACAACCACCGGCGCUGACCCCGGAAUGCACCGCGUCACCACGAGGCUCCUUUGACCCCUGCGGCCAAAACAAGUCACUAAAACAGAGACGGAGCAGGGGGAAAAAAAGAGGAAUGUUCUCAGCUGUGACCGCUCCCGCCUAUCCCCCCGGAUGACCGGGGUGCUCCCCAUCCGUUCCCAAUAGUAAGUCAGUUGACUCCCACGAGACAAGCUGACUGAGACGCAGAUCACCGGAGAGGGCUCGAGAUGAUCUUCGGGGCCACAGAGGAGGAGGAAUGCCACCAGCCGAUUUGCGGGGCGUGCUCCCCCGCGUAGCGAUACUUCUGAUCCCGCCGAUCCUCAUCACCAUCCAACUUAUGGUUGUGUUCCGGCUUCCGCAAGACCAACGGGACACCGGGACAGCGGCUGACGGAACCGGCAUAGUCUAUUCGGUGAUCAGCAUCGAGCCGCGGAUGAGCGCUCGACACGGGACUGCGUCUACCUCCGCCGGGACGCUGGGCCUACCUGGUGUAGGGCGGGCCGAGGGGGCGGAGGAGAUGGAGAAACUGGAUGACCGUGGGUACGAAGACGAGAAUGAGAUGCCCACGCGCCAGGCCAGAGGCUUUGUGCUGCAGUCCUGGGCUGCUGAGGAGCCUUCGUUCACAGCCGAGCUCAACCGCAUCCUCCCCUUCAUCAGCCGUCCCCAGGUGAACUGUAGCAGGGUGCUUUCUCCAGGCGAGUCCCAGGCUUCCCAGGCCUCUGGCUCUCCUGAUCUCCGCUGGCUCCUGUGUGCAGAGGAGUGGCUACUCCCUGCAGAAAAAAAAACAUGUGUUGCGUACUCUUUUAGUAUGGACGGGGGAGAUGCAGACUUCAUAAAGACGGUUCUAGGGCUGGGAUGCGAAGUCCACAGAUUUGAUCCGAGCUAUUCGAAUGCAUCUGGUGGUCACCGUGGCAACAGUUUGGCCAGUAGCCAUGGCGACGACGGAGGCAGCGGCGUGGUCAUCGACCACAAGAUGUGGCUGGAGUGGCGAUCACUGCGUAAAGGCACACACAGGAAGAGGGGCAUCCUGGGUAGUGUCUCUCAAACACUGCGAGACAUCAUGCAGGCACUCAGCCAUCACAAGGUGGACUUCCUGUAUGCCGACCUGCUCAGUGCUGAGUGGAGAAUAUUCCAGAACUGGAUGGAGCAAGGAACCCUCUUGAGCAUCCAACAUCUUGUUGCCACGGUGCACCUGCAAUGGGCAGGGUUCGAGGUGGACGGGACCAACGAAGAAGUAGUCCGCUAUUGGUUCAGCAUUCUGCAUGGGCUGAAGGCUUCCGGCUUUCAACUUGUCCACAGCUCGCCAGGAGAGGGUCGAAGCGUCCUUAAACAGUCUACAGCAAGCACACACAGCUCCUAUACCCUGAGCUGGGUCAACAUGGAAAACUAAGUGCUCUCUCUCCCUCUCUCUCUCUUUCUCUCUCUGUCUCUCUCUGUCUCUCUUUCUCUCUCUUUCUCUCUCUGUCUCUCUCUUUCUCUCUCUUUCACUCAGUCUCUCACACACACACACACACACACACACACACACACACACACACACACACACACACACACACACACACACACACACACACACACACACACACACACACACACACACACACACACGAUAGUUUUCCUAAAGACAAAGUAGUCACUGCUCUUUCAAUUGACACAAAGCGUACAGUUAUCCAAAUAUGUUCUAUAAUGCCAUCUAGUGGUAAUGAGUAGAAUUGCUCGUUUUCUAACCCUAACCCUAACAACACUCAGGAUACAUAUAGCUACUGUGUUUGUCAGUGCCGACGUUGGGACUAUGGUGCUAAAACUAAGAUAGUGCUAUUUUAAUCGAGAAGUGGAAGUUCAUGUUGCAACGUAAAUACCAGAUUUAUUUUUAAUGUUUCGAAUAACCGUUUGAGUUACGACCAAGACCUUGAAUUAUUUUCCCAAAAUCACAUAUUUUCUAUUCUCAAGACGUCUUACAGAUGUUUUGAAUAAUUUAUAAGGCAAAAAAAGACCUAUUUAACGAUUUAUUGAAUGUCCUUGGAAUUUGCAAGCAGUCCUUGUGUGAAGUGAUCUGUCGAAUGUUGUCUUUUUAGUUGCAAUAAAAUAAUUUGUAAUGA